AUGUACUUCCUCCAGGUCAAGCUGACUGAUCUGUUCACAAGUGAAUUGAGGCCGCAGCAAUCCACGCCAUUCCACUCCAUCGGCGGUGAACUACACAAUUACUGGUUAACGUCUUCGUCUCCCGCGUCUCCCCGGUUUCCCAAACAAUCAUCGACGAUCCUCCCCGAGCUCAAAGUCCUUAAACUGAAUAGCCAGCAGGGCUUGAAUAUUCUUGAGGUCGAUCGUAAAGAUAAGAUUACGCCCGAGGUUGCGCACUACGAAGGUAGUGACAUAUCGCUUCUCAAGAUCGCUCAUGAACUGGACACGGCGCUCCGACAGCUCUGGCAAGAGCUUUUCUUUGUCGGCAGCCAGCGACUGUUUCAGAUUGUCAAUUCCGAUGGGGUAAAUAUCUGA